AUGGAUGUGCUCCGGCGAGCCCGGAACCGUCCUAACUUUGGCAACGCUGGCGAAGUUGACAUCGUCCUUGACCGAGCGAAGGGCCUGCACCAGAAGCACUUGUCCGCCGGCAAGGUUUCCGACCGCGACACUCUCGAAGCAAUCGACUUCGACCCCGAAUUCGACAGAGGUGACCGUGCUGCAACCAACCUACCCGCAUUAUUCCAGGAUGUUGUGGGAUGCGGUGACUUGAUCACACAGCUCCAAGGCUACCAAACGACUGCUGCCAACAUGAAACUUCUUGGGAUGGACCCUCGUGAACAGAUUCCUUUUAGUUUCCUGUUUAAGGGUCCACCGGGGACUGGCAAAACCACGACAGCUCAGAAGAUGGGCAAAGUCUACUACGACAUGGGUCUCCUCAGUGCGGCCAAGGUUGUGCAGUGCUCAGCCACUGACCUUAUUGGUCAAUACAUAGGUCACACUGGACCCAAGGUACAGAAGAAAAUGCAAUCAGCCAUGGGAAAGAUUCUCUUUAUCGAUGAAGCUUACCGUCUAGCCGAGGGUAAAUUCGCCACCGAAGCCAUGGACGAAAUUGUGGACUGCAUGACGAACCCGAAAUAUGCGAAGAAGCUGAUCAUCAUUCUCGCCGGCUAUGACAAAGAUAUUGAUCGACUCAUGAGCAUGAAUCCGGGACUUACCAGCCGUUUCCCAGAGACGAUCUUCUUCAAGCAUAUGGAACCAGCGACCUGCCUUGAGUUGCUCACGAAAGACUUGAAGAGAAGGAAAAAUGCACCACUUGACCUCUCAGUAAUCACGCCACCAUCUUCUGGGCUUGAAACCCAAAUUCUUGAGCUCUUUGCCAAGCUUUCCAAGCUGGAGUCCUGGGGUAACGGUCGCGACGUGAAGGCCCUCGCCGACAGCAUGUUCGGCAAACUGAUUUCGACGCCCAUCGAUACCGUGAGUUCAUUGAUUCUGACCGAAGAAAUUAUCCUCGGGGCCAUGCGGGACACUCUUGAAGAUCGGUCUCGACGUAAUGCAGCUGUAGGCACGUCUCGCUCUCUGAAAAACCCACCACAUUAUCGAGAAGGACCACAAGCAGAUCAGCAGCAUCAGCAGCCGCCGCAACAUCAAGCGCCUGACACAUCGACAAAAGCGGCAGCACCAAACGUUACAGCUACGCAGUCAGCCGCUGUGAUUGUGAAGAAGCAGGAUGAGCAAAUACAAAGGCGAGACACCUGCAUGGUAGAAAAGCCCAACGCAGAUCCUCUCGACGCCAUCUUCAAUGUAAAGCGUGAUCCUGGGGUAUCCGACGCCGUGUGGGAACAACUCGAGCAGGACAAGCACGCUUUGUUCGCUAGAGAACGCGAGUACAAAUUGCAGCAGGAAAAGAAGCAGGAAGAGGAGCAACAGAUCAAGGACAUUAUUCGGGCCGAGAAAGCCGCAGCUGACGAAGAGGAGCGACGCAAGCUCGAACAGAAGAGGAUUGAGGCCGAGCUGGAGCGGCGACGGAAAGAUGCAGAGCUCGCUGCUAUAGAAGAGCAGCGCGCAAAGGAGAAACAGGCUCAGCGAAGGCUGAAGGAGCUGGGUCCAUGCCCUGCAGGCUACAUGUGGAUCAAACAGAGCAGUGGUUAUAGAUGUGCGGGAGGGAGCCACUGGCUUAGCGAUGCACAUCUCGGGCUGUGA